CAACGUCAAGUCCCAUCUGUCUCUGCACCUGCCAAACGCAUCAAUCUUUCCACACCACGCCCGAGCGCCUCCUCCGGGGCAGUCUGACCUCGGCCCCCCCCCCUCCCCUCGCAUUUUAUUGUGCGGCACACCACCUCUCCAUCCGCAGCUCAUCGGGCAGUCGGCAAACACACGCACACACGCACACGCACAGGAGAGCCAUGUCAACGAUCCCACCGUCGGCGCUCCAGUCGGGCUUCCCGCCCACCAUUCCCUUGCCCUUCAACUCGAGGCAGCCGGAAAAGGUGACGCUCUACCCGCUGUCCAACUACACGUUCGGCGUCAAGGAGACGCAGCCCGAGGAGGACCCCUCGGUCAUUGCGCGCCUGAAGCGCCUCGAGGAGCACUUCGCCGAGCACGGCAUGCGCCGCACCUGCGAGGGCAUCCUCGUCUGCCACGAGCACAACCACCCGCACAUCCUCAUGCUGCAGAUCGCCAAUGCCUUCUUCAAGCUUCCCGGCGACUACCUGCGGCCCGAGGACGACGAGGUCGAGGGCUUCAAGGCGCGCCUCGACGAGCGCCUGGCCCCCGUCGGCCGCAUCGGCGAGGGCGAGGAGGCCGGCGACUGGGAGGUGGGCGAGUGCUUGGCGCAGUGGUGGAGGCCCAACUUUGAGACGUUCAUGUAUCCGUUUGUGCCCGCCCACGUAACCAGGCCCAAGGAGUGCAAGAAGCUCUAUUUUAUUCAUCUGCCAAAGCAAAAGGUCCUGAGUGUCCCCAAGAACAUGAAGCUGCUCGCCGUGCCCCUCUUCGAGCUCUACGACAACACGGCCCGCUACGGCCCGCAACUCUCGGCCAUCCCCCACAUCCUCAGCCGCUACAACUUCGAGUUCGUCGACGACGACGGCAAUGUGGUGGCCGUCACGCCAGGCGCCGGCGCGCCGGAAGGCUACGUGCCCAAGACAAAAGUCCUCGCCGGCGAUGAUACGGAUAUGAAGGAGAAUGAGGAGAACGGAACGCAGUGAGCACGGCGACGGGUGCGUGCGUUGCGUUGGGAUACAUGGCGACGGAGUUUGGCGCAAAGUGUGGAUAUAUAUCGUGUGUUGCUAUGACGAAUAGCGGAUACUGGAAUGAUUUAUACUCAGUGGCAAAGCCUGCCCCGCAACUACAACAACACAAAGUCGUCUGUUCUGCCUGUUCGUCUACAUCUUUUCGCCCUGGAUCGUGGCCACGACGCGUCGCUGAUGCUUGCUGGCCCUGAACUCGAGGUACCAGAUCCCUUGCCAAGUUCCCGUUGCCUGGGUUGAAUGAGUUUAGUUGUGAGCAGGCGCGCGACGACGAGGCAAGUCAAUUGGGACAUGUGCGCGUACCAGCUUGCCGUCUUUGAUGGGAAUGGUGACGCUGGCCCCGAUCAGGGCAGACUUGAUGUGAGCCUACAGCCAACAUAUGUUAGCAAGGCGAAGUCGUCUUUUCCAGGUGGCAACUCACCGGCAUGUCGUCGGGCCCUUCUGCGCUGCAGUGGUGCGUCAGCAGACACCAAAACGGACGUAUAAAGCUCGCCAUGCAGCCCCAGCUCUCCGAGGGAGAGGCUUACUCAUGGCGGUACAGCGCCUGACCCUUGGGCCCUUCGGCGGGGGCAAUGCGAUCGAGGGCGUCGCUCAUGUCUUCCCUGACGUCCUCAUCCCCUUGAGGAGCGUUUUAGUGAUCAAUGUUUUCCAAUUUCGUCUGAGUUGCCGCAGCGUGGUGUUACUCUAUCCAUGUUUGCGGAGGGGAG